GGUAUAACUGUCACUGUUUCCUCCAGAUCUCUGUUACUUCUUUCCUUCGUUAUUGUUUUAUAUUUCAGACGUCCGAGCUACAGAGCAGCAUUGUGCGUGUUUUGGGCUUUAUUAUGGCUUCGUUAUCUGAAAGUCAGCCACGAGAGUCGAGGCGUAGUCUGCGGUCGGUGCCGAGCAGACUUUACCCACACGAUGACGACACAGCGAGUACCAGCUCUACAGGGUCUGUGGGACAAAUCACUUACAGAGAGAGUACUGUGAGGGUCUUCAAGAGGAAAACAGGACCCCGUAAAGGGGGCGGGGCUUCUCCCAAAACCAACCCCAACCCCAACCCUGGCAGCAGCAGCAGCAAUGUGAGCAAAUCCCACAGUCCGAGCUCGAACGAGUUCAUCACAGUGAGGAAGAGUUCUCCUUUUCGGGCUCCUAGCAGCACCACGAGCCCUUUGAACACUUUAGCCCCAAGCACCUCGUCUCAAAGGGAACCAUCGGGUUUCUCCUCGGGAUAUUCUUCAUCAGAGGAAGGAUACGGCCGGAGCAGCGGCUCGCACGGCACGACCACCAGCUCUGCUCACACUCCAUCAGAUGGAAAGACGGUAGGCCGAGGCGCACUGACCGCCCCAGCUCGUGCCUUUGCAGUGGUGUAUUUCUGGCUAGGUGUGGCGUGGUACAAUAUAACAUCUGGAAUGUCUCUGCUAAAUGUUUCUCUGCUAAGCAGGCGCACUGCAGGUUUGAGGAAGAAUCUUUUCCUCCUCCUCCUCCUCCUCCUCCUCCUACUCAUUCUGCUGCUUUUCGGCGUGUGGUAUGUUACUCGUUCAGCUCGAGCUCCCCUGGUUCAGCCGCGCCACACAACACACACACACCUUCAAGCUCGUGAUGAUGUCCCUGCAACUUUUGCAGCUCUAAAAGAAGAACUCUAUGCAAAUCUACAAGAACGAGAGACCAGAUGGUUGGAGGACAGAAGCAGGGCUUUAGAUGAUGUGCUGAAAGAGAUCAAGUUACUGAAAUAUGAUGGAGACAAUCAGAAGCGCACAUAUGAAAAGUUGCAAAUGGAUGUGCAAGACCUGAGAAUUCGAUUGAGAAACAUUGACUCAGAACAUCGCGGCCUGAGUAAAGAGGAAACCCAGGGGAUGCAGGAUCAGAUAUCCGAUCUGAGACUGGACAUGUCCAAACUUCAGUCAGCCUCUGAAAACCUGAGUCGCAGAAUAGACGGCCAGGAAUCCGAGAACAGGAAGUUAAAGAGCGAGCUUUCUGAUUGGCUGCUGCAGCAGAUGUCUGUUCCAGUUCACACUGAGCGUGAUGUAGUGAUGCAUCCUGAGCUGCAGAGGGCACUGGAGGACUUGGAAAAGAAAAUACUGGACCGAGUGGGACAGGAGAAUGAGGACAAGGAGAGGAGAGAUGUGUGGAGGACAGUCGGAGAGACGCUGAAGGAGGAAGGAGUUGGAGCAGUCACUGUAUCGGAUGUCGAGCGCAUCGUGCACAGGGCGCUGAGCCUCCACAGGGCCGACGGGAUCGGCGUACCCGACUACGCGCUGGAGUCUUCAGGUGCCAGUGUGAUAAACACUCGCUGCUCAGAGACGUAUCACACCAGAUCAGCAUGUAUUAGCCUCUUUGGAUUUCCUCUGUGGUAUCCUUCUGAAAGCCCUCGUACAGUUAUACAGCCUGAGCUGUACCCCGGUAAGUGCUGGCCAUUUCGCGGUUCUGAAGGUUUCCUGGUUAUCGCUCUGUCUCAUGCCGUACAAAUCACUCACGUCUCACUGGAGCACCUGCCCCGAGUUCUCUCCCCCACCGGAAACAUCGACAGCGCACCUAAAGACUUUGCUGUUUACGGAAUGAUCAACAAUGAGAACGAGGAAGGGAAACUUCUCGGAACGUUCACGUACGACCAGGACGGAGAACCAAUCCAGACCUUCCAAGUACAGCGCUCUCAGAGUGACGCCUACAGACUGGUGGAGCUGAGGAUCCUCAGUAACUGGGGUCACCCUGAGUACACCUGUGUGUAUCGCUUCAGGGUCCACGGCCAGCCUACGUCUGCCUGAGGACACGAACACAGACGAAAGGAAGAAAGACCAGAGUUGUGUCUGUCUGAGGGAAAAAAAAAACUGAAUGUUUAGCAAUGACCUGAAAAUCAGGAAGGAUCCUAAACUAGCGCUCAACCUUCAAAACAAGAGCGAUGGAGUGUGAUGGAGAAAUAUCAAGAUCAUCUUCAUAUCUCUCCAUCACACACACACACACACACACAUGGUGAUCAAACUACAGGGUUACAGAACAUGUUUACUAAUGAAGCUUAUGCUAAUUGAUAUUUUUUUCAAUAAUUAGAUUUUUAAAAAGUAUAACGAAAGUUUUCCGCCAUUUGCACUAUUUGCCAACUCACUCCUAAAGAACUCUUAUUUAUUGAUGAUUUGUGAGUUUUCGAAUGAAAGUAGAUAAAUAUGCAUACAAAAUGGAAUAAAGUCUAAAGGCUACCGAUUAUCAUCGUUAGCACCGUGCUAAUCGGCAGCUCUUGUUCUCAACAGCGUUGUCAUUUUUAACUCCUGUUAGUGAGACGGUAAAUCCGCCAGAAUCCUGUUGAGAAGCUUUGUAGUUAAAAUUUUACAUGUUUGUCUAAAAUAUCUACAAAAUGUGUUUUUCGUGUUUUAAGUACAAAUUUUAGAACGUUUUAUCAAAUACAUUUGCAAAAACCUAGACUAUGUGUAUAUAUUUAUAUAUCGUCGCUGUCAGGCGGAAACCUCGUAUGUCCAAAUUUGGUCAAUUUCAUAUUUUUUCACAUAUCGAUGCUAUUGGUCAGUCCCCACGUGGGUCUGUUAUUUUUACAAGUUAUUAACCAAUCUAAAGUCUUGAAAAUAGCUUGAGCGCAAAUAACUCCAUUGGACACUUCAACUGUCCACCUCUUCCUCACUCCACGGGAGAGCUUCGCGGCAUAUUUCUCCUCAAGAAGAGUCGCAACGAAUCAACACGUCUUCUGAGGUAAAUGUCUUCAAAAACACUGGGCUCAAAGAAAAAAAAAUCUUGACCCCCGCUAGUCUGAGGACAGGAAUUUAGCGCAAGACAAUCCACUGCAACGCGGACUAAACCCUGUGCACUGCAGAUAAGGUACGGCGUUUUUUUUAAUUUCCUGAAAAGUAACGGUUUUGGAGAUACGAGGAUUCCGCCCGACAGCGACGUUUUGUGUGUGUAUGUAUGUGUAUAUAUAUAUAUAUAUAU